UUAACAAAAUGUUUUGUAAGAAAUUACGAUUUAUAGAAUCAACUUGUAUCUAUUUUAUGUAUGAACAAUAUUAUUCACAAUUGAUUGGUGCAGUGUUUUGAGUUAAGUUUCAAACGGAAGCAUUGCCCUGCCGGAAGCUAUCUCUGACGUAGAGAGCUAAAGAAGCGUACACUUCCAUUUUCUCGACCCUUUCGGCGAAUAGAGAGCACGUGUUUGCUCGCCGGUUGCGUUCAACUCAUUUUAUCGUACAAAACUUUGCAUUACAUUUGCUGCCUGUGCAAGUUUGGUGAUUAAGGGUUGAAAAAUUCUGAUCAUUAUAUAGAUAGGUUAAUAUGAAUCCCGAAAAAUUGAAGAAGCUUCAAGCUCAAGUACGAAUCGGCGGUAAGGGAACACCCCGACGCAAGAAGAAGGUUGUACAUGCUACUGCUGCUACAGAUGAUAAAAAAUUACAAAGUUGUUUAAAAAAAUUAUCUGUGAAUACAAUUCCUGGUAUAGAAGAAGUUAAUAUGAUUAAAGAUGAUGGUACUGUUAUUCAUUUUAAUAAUCCAAAAGCUCAAGCUAGUUUAUCUGCUAACACAUUUGCCAUUACUGGUCAUGGCGAAAAUAAACAAAUUACUGAUAUGUUACCGGGAAUAAUAAGUCAAUUGGGUCCUGAAGGUGUUACACAGUUGAAACGACUAGCAAGUACAGUUUCUGGAAGUACAGUUGGUAAAUCAACAUUGGAAGAGGAUGAUGAAGUGCCAGAUUUAGUGGAAAAUUUUGAUGAAGCUAGUAAAGAGGAGGUAAUGAAUCAGCCUAAAUAACAAUAAUUAUAUGAAUAAUAAU